UUUGCGGCCUCAGCGCGGUUCUGGUUGCGGCCUCGGGCUUGAAGAAGAUCGCUAUGGAUUCGCUGAAUCAUUUAAAAACCACGUAUAGACCAAGAUUCUUCAACAGAGAAGGUAAAAAAAAAGCUGUUGGUAUACAAGGAGAAAAUGUAUUGGAAUGCAUACAAGACUGUUUUGAAACCUGUGCCAAGGAAUUUACAGAAUGCUCCCCUUCCAUAUCAUGUGGCUCAUUCCCUAGUCUGGAUCAAGUUCCAUGCCAUAGCAAAGAAAAAGAACAGACUAAGUUGGAGCUUGCAGAGGCCAACUGUGUGAACAAUGUCGUUAGUACACUCACUUUCUUACUAUCACCAGGCAGAAUAGAAAGAUUUUCAGGCAGCAACGAAUCAGAAGAAAUUCUAGAUGAGGAUAUUGAUGUGUUGCCCUUAGGAUCACCCGCCCUUCUACUAGAAGAAGAAGGAGAGCAAUCAUGUGUAGAACGGUUGUGUUUUGAUGAAGAGGCACUUGAUUUACACAACAGCAAAAAUUUCAGCAAGUCUAAGGGCUUUUGUGCGGGAAAAGAAACAAAGGAGUUACAUAUUGAAGAACCAACCUCUGGUCAAAUAAAGAUGUCAGGAUCUUUAUCAUCAUUAGAAGCCAUGACAAGUGCUUUGGCAGUACGAAAUGCAGCUAAUGUAGAACUAGAAGAGGAAUGUGAAUUUUUGAUAGAGGAAUCUUUUGGGGCAUCUUCUGCAUCUUGGAUUUCAACAUCUCGAAAAAAGCAAAAGCCAGAGAAAAAGAGAUUAAUAGCUGUAUCAUUUGAAGGAAACAAGGAAGCCCAGCAGCAUAAUGAAAGAAGAAAAGAUAAAAGGGAAUUGGGGAAAACAGUUAUGCCAACUCCAGUGAAGCAAAUCAAGGCAACUUUAAGUAAUGUUGGUGAAAGAACUUUUGACAGAUUGCAAAAUGCUUCAAGAACUAAUGAGGUAAUGGCUGUGGAGAAUGUCCAGUCACAGUUGGUUAUAAAUACUACCCAAGAAACAAGGAAGCAAAUGAAUUCCAAAAAUAAAGUUAAAGAUUCAGCAGAAAUACAUAACAGAGGUUACCAAGACCCCAUAAAUAGAAAGCAGGCACAAGGUCUUACACCUUUACUAGAACCAGACCAAAGUUUAUUAAUCCAGAUACAACCAGUGGAAAGUACAGAACAAAGCUUAUCUCAGAAUAAGCUGACUACACUGACAGAAGUGCAUAAUGAAAACCAGCAAGAGUUCACAGUUUCAGUUCUAUCCUCAAAGCACUGCACACAAUCUAAGAAUACAGAUACUUAUUCUGAAAAUUUAGGUUCUGUGCCAAGACCUGUUCCUUUAGCUCAGCAGUUAUGCUGUGGUACGCCAGUCAGAAAGCAAAAGUUACCGUCCCAAAAACAACUGGGAACUCAAAAGAAAAAGAAAAAAUCCACUGUUGGACCUAGAAGGAGGAAGAACAGGCGACUGGUUUCAGAGAAAAGCCUUGAAGGUGAUAUUGGAGAGGAACAGUUAGAUAAAAAGGAUGAAAACCUUCAUGCUUUUGAGCUAAGAAGAACUGAUAUAAGGAGGGCAACACCUCAAAAAGUAAAACAGACUUCUUUUCUGAAGUCCAAGGGUAACAUAUUAUGCCAAGAGGAUUCUUGUGAGCAACAUGUGGCAGAAAAACAUUUAAAUGCUUCAGUAAGACAAGGAAACAGCGAUGAAUUUUUACUGGAAUCCUGUGCAUCAGAUGAAAAUAAGAAUAACAGAUUUGAUGUGGCCCAGUUUAUAGUGAUGAAAUGUUUACAGGAGAACGGAAUCCAUUUAAUAAGGAUGCUUCUGGUUCAGUGCAGGGGUUCCCCGAGGCCUGAAAAAUAUUUCAAGGGUUCCUCCAGGGUCAAAAAGUUGAGAAAGGCUGGUUCUGACCCUCAGCAAGUUGUGAGCAAAGAUGAAUCUACAGAUUUGGAGGACAAUCUAAAUGGCCUAGUGUCAAAUUCAUUAAAGCACAAACUAGUACUGCCUACAAACACACCCAAUGUUCGUCGGACCAAAAGAAUACGUAUUAAACCGUUGGAAUAUUGGCGAGGAGAACGUGUUGAUUAUAAGGCAAGAGCUUCAGGAGGCUUUGUAUUUGGUGGAAUAGUAUCGCCUGAACAAAGAGAACCCGGAAAACCUAAACCAAAAGUUACUAGGAAACUUGUUCUGGAGAUGGAGAACAUGCAUGAUAACUCAAUUUCCUUAAAAGACCUUUCUCAGCCAGCUGUUGUUUUUGAUAAAGCAUCUAAUCAAGAGAUUCUUCUAGAAUGCGUGAACAAUGGUAGUUCACACAUGUUUUGCAUCAAUAAUGAAGCAUUGUCCAUUUAUAAAUACCUGAGUACUCCUUCCUUUUCUGCUGGAAAAAUGAUAUUAGAACCAUUAAAAGAAAAGGGAUAUCAGUAUUCCCACACAGACACAUUGGUUUUUCACAUUAGUUGCGGUAAACUUCUUUUAACGCUGUAUGAUCAAAACUAUUGUCUGACUGCUGGAAACUAUUUUUUUAUUCCACCAGGGAAUAUAUACAAUAUACGUAAUCUCUUGAAUAAAGAAUGCGUCAUCCUCUUCACACAGUUGAAAGGAAAAGACCAGGAAAGUAAUCUCUAAUGUAAGCUUGUAUCCAUAUUUCUUGGACCCACUUGAAGAUCAUCACCUGCUUAAAAAACUGAAGAAUUCUUGGAGUCCUUCCCACCCGCCUCCCCAGGUUCUCUCUAGUUCUACUGUUUACAGUUACAAAAUAAAUGUUUUUCAUUGCUGUGUUGUACAUUCUGAUGGUUUGCAUUUCAGUCUCUCCUGAUAUUUUGUAGUAAAAGUGUUUAAAACUUUACCCAGAAUUAAAAUAAAGCCAUGUUUUCUAAAAAUCCA